AUACAGUCGGUGGCGCUUAUUAUUACGAACGAAAUUGCAUGUUCUCUUUUACUUAUUGGACGAAACUACGAAAGGACGUAUUCGAUAUCCAAAUCGGGACAAAUAUACCAGUUAUUACCUCUACAUUUGUGUUAUUUUGAGUUUUCAUCAUUUUCGAUUGAUGUGAAUCCUGAUCAAAUUAUUCCUCUUUUCGUAUUUCAAAGUUUCAAAUUCAUCUUUUUCUUAAUAUUCUUAUAGAUUACAACUGCCGAUUACAAUUUAGCAUUAAAUGUAACAUUAUCUCAUACCAAUUGCAUAUGUAUUAAUAAAAAACUAUCCACAACAUCGUCACUUUUUUAAAGUACCACGACGAUUUCAUUGGCCCUAUAAGGGAAGUAAGUUGUACAUUUCCACUAAUAACAAUGCCUAAGAAGAAAAUAAUUCAUCAUGAUGAACCUGUAUCCUCGAGGCCUCAUAGAAAUAUGAAAGCCAAAGUAGUAUUUGAUCCAUCUGAUAAUCACAUACCAAAGAAGAGGGCUAAAUAUUCUUAUAAAAAUGAAAAGCCCAUAGAAACUAGUACUGUAAAAAAAACUACUAAUGAUAGAACUCGUGAUAGAAGAAGAAAACGACAUACCACCAAGGCAAAAAAAAGUCUCUCGGUAAAUCCGGUAACCGAGUCACUAGAUGGUUCAUCAACUGAAAUCAAUACUAUCUCCUCAAUAGUUUCACCACCAAAUUCUCCAGUGAAAAGUGUUACUCCUGAUGUAACUCCGGAAAAAUCAAAAAAUUGUUUUAUUUGUUCAACAAUUACUGGAAAGACAGAAUUAAUUGAUUGCCCAAUCUGUUUUGUUAGAGCUCAUAGACACUGUUUAAUUGUUGAUGAGCCCGUGUGGAAAUUCAAAUUAGAUUUAUGUCCUUGGUUCUGUAAACAAUGCAGAAAAAAGAAUUGUAGCAAAUGUCUCAAAGAUGAUUCCCGAUCGGAGAUAGAGCGUCGCUGCAUAACUUGUGAAGUUGGUUUACAUUCCAUUUGUUAUGAAUCAUAUGAUAUUAAGCCAUUACAUAAAUUAGAAACUGAUAUGUAUGUAUGUAUUCCUUGCAUGACUUUGGCUACUCAAAUAAACCCGGAAGAACAAGAAGAAGUAGUUGAAACAGUAGCAGCUAAUAUUGAAGAUGAUGUUGAGUCACUCGCCUCGAGUAUUGUGUCUGUAUCAUCUGAAGACUAUGACACUGAUUCAAAAAGUAAUGGAUCUUAUAGUGGUUCGUCUGACUAUGAAAGAUAUGAUGCUAAUCAAAAUAAUAGUAUCCCAAAUUCAUUAAAAUGGACAAAAGAUCAGGUGUUCGAAUAUCUUGCAGACCUUAUACCCCAAGAAAUUAUUGAUCAAAUAUCUAAAUAUGAUUUCGAUGGACGUGCUAUACAAUUACUUAAUCGGAAUGAUAUAUUGAAUAUGGAUUUGAAACUUGGACAUGCCUUGAAAUUAUACAAACAAAUACGAAUUUUACAAACGCAAAGUACAUUCAGUCGUAUAUUUUGGGAAUAAUUAUUAUUACACCUAACAUCCACAUAUCAUUGAGUGAUAUAAAAUUGUGUUCGUAUUUCAU